AUGGCGAUAAUACCACCUGAUCCCAGUGUCGUGACUGACGAAGAGGAAGGGCCUGAUGAAGAUAUGGUGACGUAUAUGUUGCCACGAGAUGUGCUCGGAAAUAUUAAGGUUAUGGUGCGCGAUGAAGGUACUUUGUCGAGCGACUAUGAUUCCAGUGACGAAGAACCAUUGGCCGCAAAACGACUUCGUAGGCAGUCUAACAUUUAG